UUUCGGGAGCCUUGGCGCGAGCGGCGCGCGCGGGUGCCAUGGCCGAGAGCGGCGCCGGGCCCCGGGACGCUAUGUGUGAGCCUGGAAGUUUUGCAGCAUCACGUUCUAAACGCGAGAGGAAAUCUAGAAGAGGCCACCAAGAAGCCCUGGAACGUCUGAAAAAAGCCAAAGCUGGCGAGAAACUGAAAUAUGAGGUCGAGGAGUUCACAGGGGUUUAUGAUGAAGUAGAUGAGGAAGAAUAUUCCAAGAUGGUCAGAGAACGUCAGGAUGAUGACUGGAUUGUUGGUGAUGAGGGUAUAGGUUAUAUAGAAGAUGGAAGGGAAAUCUUUGAUGAAGAUCUGGAUGAUGAUGCUCUUGGUCCCCGUAAGAAAGGAAAAAGUGGCAAAACUUCUACAGCUGAUAGGAAGAGUGUGAAAAAAUCUGCGGUGUCAAAGCCAAACACAAUUAAAUCUAUGUUUAUGGCCAGUGCUGGGAAGAAAAACACAGAUAAAACUGUGGACCUGUCAAAGGAUGAUUUACUAGGGGAUAUUCUUCAAGAUCUUAAUGCUGAAAGUGUUCAGUUAAGUCCUCCACCGGUUAUAACACUGAAAAGGAAAAGAUCUGCUGGAGCACCACUGAAUCCUUUCUCUGUGAAGUCUCAAAGUCCUAAGGUACUCACCCCUGCAGCAAAGAAAGCUCCUGUUCAUCUCAGAAAGGAAACUCCUCCUCCAGCUUCAUUUCGUCCUAAACAUCUCAAUUAUGCAGCAAAAUCUUUUGUAGUCUCUGAAAAUGAGGAUACUAAGUCCAUGCAGAAAGCUACAGAAAAUGGGGAAGUAGUGAAGACAACAGAAGAGGAAGCUGUUGAAGGUGAUGGUGAUCAAGGAAUGAUGGAUUUUGCUGAGGAGGACUUUGAUGAACCUAUGGAAGGAGAGCUUUUGGAGACUAUACCUGAGACAGCUGAAAGCUUGAAGAGAGGCAAGGGUGCUGAAAAGGAAGAGACAAAGCAACUGGAAUCAGAGAAGAAAGAGACAUCUGCCUUAAGUUGUUCUCUCCCAGGUGACUCAUGUUGGGACAGAAUGGAUGCGGACGAAGCUGAUCUAGUAGUGACAGAAGUUCAGCUUGACCCCAAUCUCCUUCCUCUUGUGAAUGGGGAAAAUGAUGAUCAAGUCCUAAGAUUUUAUUGGCUGGAUGCAUAUGAAGAUCAGUACAGUCAGCCAGGUGUGGUGUUUUUGUUUGGCAAAGUUUGGAUUGAAUCUGCAGACACUUAUGUCAGCUGUUGUGUCACAGUGAAAAAUAUUGAGAGAACUGUUUAUCUACUGCCACGUGAAACAGAAAUGGAUCUGUCCACUGGCAAGGAAACAGAGACUCCAGUAACUAUAAUGAGUGUUUUCCAGGAAUUUAAUGACAGCAUUUCACCAAAGUAUAAGAUCAUGAAGUUCAAAUCCAAGAAAGUGGAAAAAUAUUAUGCUUUUGAGAUCCCAGAUGUGCCAUCAAAAUCUGAGUACUUAGAAGUUAAAUAUUCGGCUGAGUGCCCUCGGCUUCCCCAAGAUCUGAAAGGACAAACAUUUUCACAUGUAUUUGGAACUAACACCUCAAGUCUGGAGCUUCUCUUGAUGAGUAGGAAGAUCAAAGGACCAUGCUGGCUGGAAAUAAAAACCCCACAGCCUUCAAAUCAGUCUGUCAGCUGGUGUAAAGUGGAGGCUGUGGCCAUAAAACCUGGCUUGGUGAAUGUGGUUAAAGAUCUUUCUCCUCCUCCUCCUCUUGUGGUCAUGUCCCUCAGCAUGAAGACCACUCAGAACCCAAAGACUCACCAGAACGAGAUUGUGGCUAUUGCAGCUCUGAUUCAUCAGAAAUUUCCUCUGGAUAAGGCUCCACCUCAGCCUCCUUUUCAGACACACUUCUGUGCUGUUUCCAAACCGAGCGACUGCAUUUUUCCUUACGACUUCAAAGAAGCUGUUAGAAAGAAGAAUGCUAAAGUAGAAAUUGCUGCCACAGAGAGAACACUGCUGGGAUUUUUCCUUGCCAAGAUCCACAAAAUUGACCCAGAUGUUGUUGUGGGUCAUAAUAUUUAUGGAUUUGAUCUGGAAGUGCUGCUUCAAAGAAUUAAUGUGUGCAAAGUCCCUCACUGGUCCAAGAUAGGUCGGCUGAGGAGGUCGAAUAUGCCAAAGCUUGGGGGGCGAGGAGGGUUUGCCGAGAGGAGCGCUGCCUGCGGCCGAAUGCUCUGUGAUGUAGAAAUCUCUGCUAAAGAACUAAUCCGUUGCAAAAGUUACCAUUUGUCUGAGCUGGUCCGUCAGGUUUUGAAAACAGAGAGGAGGGAAAUCUUCCCAGAGGAAAUUCCAAACAUGUACAGUGAUUCUCCUCGUUUACUGUUCAUGCUGGAAAACACCUGGAUAGAUGCCAAGUUCAUUCUCCAGAUCAUGUGUGAGCUGAACGUUCUGCCACUGGCCCUUCAAAUAACAAACAUCUCUGGGAAUGUCAUGUCGAGGACAAUGAUGGGUGGCCGAUCGGAACGUAAUGAAUUCUUGCUGCUUCAUGCGUUCCAUGAAAAAGACUACAUAGUGCCGGACAAACAAGUGUUUAAAAAGCCUCUGCAGAAGCUGGUGGAUGAAGAUGAAGAUUUGGAAGACCUGAGUAAAUCAAAGAUAGGGAAAAAGAAAGCAGCAUAUGCUGGGGGCUUAGUCUUGGAUCCCAAAGUCGGUUUUUAUGACAAGUUUAUUUUGCUUCUGGACUUCAACAGCUUGUACCCAUCAAUUAUCCAGGAGUUUAACAUCUGUUUUACCACAGUGCAGCGACUAUCACCGGAAGCACAGAAAAGGGCAGAGAUUGAAGAAGUAGAAGAAAUUCCAGAGCUCCCUGACCCAUCUCUGGAAAUGGGAAUUUUGCCUAAGGAAAUCAGGAAGCUGGUGGAGAGGAGGCGCCAAGUAAAGCAGUUAAUGAAACAGCCAGAUUUAAAUCCUGACCUUUAUUUACAGUAUGAUAUCAGACAGAAAGCUUUGAAACUCACUGCUAACAGCAUGUAUGGCUGCCUGGGAUUUUCCUUCAGCAGAUUCUAUGCCAAGCCUUUGGCUGCUUUGGUGACACACAAAGGGAGAGAGAUUUUGAUGCAUACCAAGGAGAUGGUGCAAAAGAUGAACCUUGAAGUGAUUUAUGGAGACACAGAUUCCAUUAUGAUAAACACCAACAGCACCAAUUUGGAUGAAGUCUUCAAGCUAGGGAACAAGAUCAAAAAUGAAGUGAACAAGCUCUAUAAAUUGCUGGAAAUCGAGAUUGAUGGAAUCUUUAAGUCUUUGCUGCUGUUAAAGAAGAAGAAAUAUGCUGCUCUGACCGUGGAACCAACAGGAGAUGGGAAAUAUGUAACUAAACAAGAGCUGAAAGGGUUGGAUAUUGUCCGAAGAGACUGGUGUGAUCUUGCAAAGGAGACUGGAAACUAUGUCAUUAGUCAGAUUCUUUCUGAUCAGCCUCGAGAUACAAUUGUGGAAAAUAUUCAAAGGAGGCUUAUAGAAAUUGGAGAAAAUGUGAUCAAUGGCCAGAUACCAGUAAAUCAGUUUGAAAUAAACAAGGCACUGACAAAAGAUCCUCAGGAUUAUCCUGACAAAAAAAGCUUGCCACAUGUGCAAGUUGCCAUGUGGAUAAACUCUCAAGGAGGCCGAAAGGUGAAGGCAGGAGACACGGUGUCAUAUAUCAUUUGUCAGGAUGGAUCAAAUCUCGGUGCCACUCAGCGAGCGUAUGCUCCGGAACAGUUGCAAAAGCAAGACAAUCUUACUAUUGAUACUCAGUACUACCUGUCACAGCAAAUACAUCCAGUAGUUGCUAGAAUAUGUGAACCCAUAGAGGGAAUUGAUUCUGUUCUUAUUGCAACAUGGUUAGGACUGGAUCCCUCCCAAUUCAGAGCCCAUCACCAUUACCAUAAAGAUGAGGAGAAUGAUGCCUUGGUUGGUGGCCCAGCUCAGCUCACUGAUGAAGAGAAAUAUAGGGAUUGUGAAAGGUUCAAGUUUUGCUGCCUCAAAUGCGGAACAGAAAAUAUUUAUGACAGUGUCUUUGAUGGUUCGGGGCGAUUUAUUGAACCCAGCUUGCAAAGGUGCAGUAAGACUGACUGUGAAGAGCCUCCUUUCAACUACGUGGUUCAAAUGAGCAACAAAUUACUGUUGGAUAUGAGACGCUUUAUCAAAAAAUACUAUGCUGGUUGGUUAAUAUGUGAGGAUCCAAUUUGCCAGAAUCGAACUCGUCAACUUCCCCUGCAUUUUUCCCGCAGUGGUCCUGUGUGCCAGGCCUGCUUGAGGGCUAUUCUGAGACCAGAGUAUUCUGACAAGGCUCUGUACACUCAGCUCUGCUUCUACCGACACAUUUUUGACGUGGAGUAUGCCAUGGAUAAAGUGAUUACUGAAGAGGAGAGAGAGUAUUUGAAGAAGAAGCCACUCAGGAAAGAAGUCACUGAGGCCUACAAAAGAUUGAAGAGCACAGUAGAUAAAUGCCUGUCCAUGAGUGGCUACUCAGAAGUGAACCUCGGCAAACUCUUCGCCCUCAGCAUGGGAAGAAGACCUGUGGGAGAGUCCAAUAACUGAAGACAGUGA